AUGGUGUCGCGAGGUGAUCGUGUCCUGGCCUUUUGGACUCCCAUUGAUCCACCGUAUGAUCGGGAAGAGAAUCUUCAAACCACGCUAGUCAUCGAGGAUCGUAUGUCCACCGUCCGGGAGCCUCCAUUUGGUCCACCGUAUGACCGGAAGUUUGAGGACAGCUCACAUACGAUCCACUAUGCACUUUGCGUUCGGCAUCAUAACUGGUCGACACCCAUAAAAAUAGCGAGUACUAGCGAAGAUUCGAGGCUGCAGCAGCAAUUGACGAUGGCGAAAGAUGGAUUUAGUACGGAAUGUACGGGCGGCUCACAUACGGAACAGCCCCGUGAUGCGGCUCUGGAGUCUUCUGCAUUCUAUGGCAAACGACGGGGCUGCAAGACGUACCCGAGCGAAUACGGGGAGCAAGAGCCGUCUCAUCUCACGCCGAAACCGCCAUGA